AUGUUUGAGCGCACAUCCUCGCCUUUAUCGUCGCUGCCAAACUCCCAAUUACAAUUACCGCCUCCUUCGGAUGCUCGAACACGCAAAGCCUACCGCCCUGCACGCGCCCUCCCCUUCGAGCUCAAUUCACACAUCACCAUUUACUUUGAGGAAGCUCUCUAUACACAGGCAUUCGCCCUUCUGCAAUCCUUAGUCUCCUCCUCCGCUCAUGCCAAUGUCAACGAACCGACUUUCGUCCCGUCAGCUGCUCAACUCGCCUUAGCUUCGACACUCACCGUACACCCAGCCCUGACCACAAGAACAUCGAGCAAGGAGAGGUGGAGCCAGGCUGAUAGCGCCUUACGACUGUUGAGACUAGUCAGUCAAGUAGUGGGACCUGCCAAUGCAGGCUUCAGGCAUGCUUUCAAGUUCCUCAGAUUCAAGUUUGGAAGUACAAGGAGCAGUGGUGGGCAGAUACUGAGAAAUAGUGAAAGGGGGGAAGCAGCAGAGGAUGGAUCUCGACUCGACGAUGGCAAGAUAGAGAACCAAUAUGCUCAAGGUGAGAGUUUGUACUCCCGUGCCGAAGACUUCUGGCAUGCCGUCGGUUGGGCUUUCAAUUGCAGCAAGCUGCAUCCAAAGCGAUGGGAGAGAUGGGUCCUAUGGCUUGAUUGGAUGGUCACUGUUCUUGAAGAUGACUGGCGUGACCGGGAAGAAGUAGACUCAAAAGGUAGUCUGAUCUGGUCGUACAUCAGCCAUGCAUCCGGCGGCAGCGGUCGCAACCGAAGAAUACUUAGAUCAAUUUUUGCGAAUGGAACCACGAAAGCGGUCAACGAGUUCAGACAGGUCUUCAGGAACGAACUAAAGGAACCAAGGAAAGAAGACGCCGAAAGGGUCAAGAAAAGGGAGGUUGAUGUAGAUGUGGAAGCUGAGGUGUAUGGAGACUAUCUGGCAAAGGACGAAGAUGAGGCAUCCGAGGACGAAGCAGACAGUACAUUCUUCGCGAAACGGACGAGAACCAGAGAUCCCAGCUUAAGAAGGGUCACGUCUAAAGCAAGCGCCAGCAGCCUGAACAGUGCCUAUGACGAAGGUGAGGAGUUGAGCGAAGACGGGCCAGCAGUUCUCGGAGGCAGUGACAGCCUGAGGCUACGCAUGAGAUUGCUGCAGCUGCUUUCUGAUGUCUCUAUCAAGCUGCCCGAUGAUUUCGAGACUGGGAACAAGCUAUACACCAUGUUUGUAGAGUUCAUCCGCCCCCUUCCCCUUGCCACAUUUCAACGCGUCAUCUCACCUGCUGCGGUCCCAGAAACCUUUUCCAUAGAUGCGCAAACGACGCUCUGUGAAUUUCUUCUGACACGAUCGUUACUGGAAGCUGCAGCCCCCAAUACGGCUGAACCAUAUCUGAGGCAGUCCAAGAUGGAGGAGUGCUACCUGCCCUUUGCUGCAACCUCGCCCAGCGUUGCAGACAAUGCCAAGGUCUCGCUGUGUCUCGAAACCCUGCUCCGGCAUCUUUUCAUGGCGGGGAAAUUGACCAUGCGGCCAGCGCUCGAAUUCACCAUACAGGAAGGUAUUCAGAACAGGUGCGAGAAGGCAAGUGACGGAGUCAAGAAAAGUGCAUCUGCUAGAAGAAGGGAUGAGAUUGCCUGGGCGUGGCUUUUGGAAAGUGGAGAACGCUUGACUGACAUUCUGAGUCGUCUUCAGCCUUGA